GCUGGAGUAAUGGAACAUAAACAGGCAGUGGAGGGAAAGAGUAUUGAAUUGGACUGUGACGUUAACCCUCCAGGACAUGAUAAGGUCUAUAUGGUAUUUUGGUUCGUCCAAGGAUCUGGUUUUCCAAUAUACAGCUUCGACGUGCGGGGCAAGCCGCUGUCGCAGGCGAGACACUGGUCGGCGCCGGAAGUGUUCGGAAGCAGGGCCUACUUCCGGACCGGCUCCAGCCCGGCGAAACUGGUCAUCGACGACAUCCGACGGCACGACGAGGGUGUGUACAGGUGCCGGGUGGACUUCAGGAACGCGCAGACCAGGAGCAUCAGAUACAACCUCACAGUCAUCGUGCCUCCGGAGCAACCGACCAUCUUCGACAAAUGGGGCAGACAGCUGAACACCACAGUGGGUCCGCAUGAGGAAGGUGACGACAUUAUACUGACAUGUCGAACCGUGGGUGGUCAUCCACAGCCCGACGUCUGGUGGAUGGUGAAGGAGAAAAAUGGGGAACAAUCUUCGGACACGAAAUACGUUCCCAUAGACACCAACUACGAGCACAACGCUGGCGAUGUCAUAGAGAACAGGCUGGUGUGGACCAAAGUCAGCAGGAACGACCUGAAGGCCACCUUCGUUUGCAUGGCCAACAAUACGAACAUGACUUCACCAAAAGUCGCAGCGGUCACGUUGGAGCUAUAUUUAAAACCACUGACUGCAGACAUAGUGAAUUCAGUCAACCCUCUAGUAGCUGACAAGAGAUACGAGGUAACAUGUGAGUCAGCUGGGUCUAGGCCACCAGCUAUCAUCACUUGGUAUAAGGGCAAGAGACAGCUGAGGAGAACGAAAGAGGAGACGCAGGAGAACGUGACCAUCAGCGAGCUCAGCUUCGUCCCGACGACCGACGACGACGGAAAAUUCAUAACCUGCAGGGCGGAAAACCCGAACGUCACGGGACUUUUCCUGGAAACGUCAUGGAAAAUCGAUGUCGUUUAUCCUCCGAUAGUCUCCCUGAGGCUGGGAAGCACCCUCAACGCGGACGACAUCAAGGAAGGCGACGACGUCUACUUCGAGUGUCACGUGAAAGCCAACCCCUUCUGGAGGAAAUUAACGUGGCUACACGAUGGUGAGGUCUUACCACACAACAUGUCUGGACGCAUCAUCCACAGCAACCAGAGCUUGGUUCUGCAGAAAGUUACAAGGCAAAGUGCUGGACGUUAUAUUUGUUCCGUUGUCAACAGUGAGGGAGAGACACUGAGUAAUGAGCUUUUCUUCAGGGUACAAUAUGCACCCACUUGCAAAACUGACAAAGUAGUCGUGGUGGGUGCCUCGAGAGGGGAGAGCGUCGAUAUCACUUGCGAGGUGGAGGCGGACCCACCCGCAAAAACCUACAAGUGGAAAUUCAACAAUUCUGGAGAAACCCUGGACGUUGCUGCUGAAAGAUUCUCUGGUACAAGUAACGGUACAGUCAGCAUACUGAGGUAUACACCUGUGUCGGAACUCGACUACGGAUCUCUGUCGUGUUGGGCUUCCAACGUGGUGGGGCAUCAAGUCAAUCCUUGUAUAUUUCAAGUGGUGGCAGCAGGAAAGCCUUACGGGGUCAGGAACUGUACCCUGACGAACCAGACGACCAGUUCAGUCGAAGUCUACUGCCUUCCUGGUUUCGAUGGUGGUCUUCCCCAAUUCUUCGUUCUCGAGUUAUACUCUGGAAACAGCAUCACGCCCAGAUACAACAUGACAUCGUACGUGGAGCCUUACUUCUUUCUGGACAAUUUGGAACCUGACAUCACCUUCAGGAUAGUUGUGUACUCUAUGAACGCAAAGGGAAGGAGUCAAGGUGUUAUUUUGGAGGAGGUUACCUUCAGCGAUGCCGAGAAACAUAUAGCUUAUGAUGGUGACAUUCAGUUCUCCCCUGCGCUUGGCGUGAUCAUUGGAGCAGUUUUAACGAUAAUAAUCGUGGUUCUGAUCGUCAUCAUAAGGGUGAGAAGAUCCUCGGGCCACAGAAACGCAACGUUAGAGCACAAAGUCAUCGGCGGAGGUGGGACUCAGCACAACACGCUGUCUUCGACGAAGCCAUUGCUGAGGAGUUCUUCUCCCAGGGAAGGGGACGAGAAGGAUCCUGACGUUAUACCUGCCAAAUUUGGUUCACCUGAUGGCGGCAGUCUGAAACGUUUGCCACCCAAUGGUGCCAGUAUUCCCUCGGUAUUAAGGCAUAUGCCUUCUUCGCAUAGCUACGAAAUUGGUAGUGGUGUUCCUCCGGCUCAGUGGGUUAGCCCAAUAAGUCAACAAGCCUCUGGUUUGGAUGAAAAUUUUCACCAAUACACUAACCCAGUAACAGGUUUGGGUACUUUUCCUAGAGACUCUCGACCUAAGGACCUAAGGCUUGGCAACGGAAACUCCUCGACCUUACAGAGAGCGUCUGAUGUUGAGUUCAACGGAUUCGCCAUCAAAGAGAGACUGAUGGCCAAUAGACUUCCAGAAAGUUGUGUUUAAAACAAAGUUUCACACAUAGGCGUUUUAUAUCAACCCCAAAUAUAGAGUGAGUGUCUUUUGUAAAUUUGUCUGGACCGUCCAGUUUGAGUGAGUGCAUAGUGAUGAUCAAAAACUGACGUUAAACAAGUUCUCAUAAACUGAGGAAGAAGAAUAUGUCCAUCAGAAAAUGUUUGUAACAAUAUCUGGACCUUGCGACUUGUUGCAAUUGUGUAAAAAAUUCCCAUUAUAUUUCAUAAAGUUCCAUCAGGGUUCCUCUCCAAAAUAAUCUUAUAAAUGAAAUUUUUCUCAUGAUUUUGAAUCAUAUUCAGUAGGUAUGAACUCUGCUAUGUGCUUUGUGGAAUAUAUUCAAGUGGUUUGGAGAUUUCAUGUCCAUUCCACACUUUGAAAUAAUAAUGAACUGGAUCAUGGAUCCCUUCCCAAAUUACGAGAUCCCCACUGUAUAUUUUCCCUUGUAAAUACAUAUCACCAUUCAUCACUUUGGUACCUACGUAGUGAGUCUACCGCUUUUUAAAAAAAGGCUCGCUUAAUGACUGUAGAUAAAUAAUCGAAUUCAAAUUCUUACGUAAUGUGAAUAUAAGCGUACGUUUAAUUUUUCAAGGAACUCUCUUGUCAUCAACACAGGAUUUAUUGUUCAUAAAUAUAGAGACGUUGUAGUUGAAUCUGAAUGUGUAUAUUGUAAAUUUACGAUAAGUAGAUAAUUGUUAUCGACACUGAUGUAUAUUAUAAAAUCAUGUUUCUGAUGUGUGAUGUUUGGUACUAAUUGAAAUGAUGUUUCUGUCGAUCUACCUGAAUGCAAGUCUUUAACGUCAUCCAAUACUGGUGUUACAUUGUAAAAAACAAAUAUUCAAAAUUUAUUCUGAACAAAAACAACAUAAGUUUUAUUGUUGUAAUUGCGAUUCUUCCAAGUGAACAAUAAUAAAAUUCGUAUUGUUAUUCUUGUCACAGUUGAAUUUUUCUGAUGGUACUAAUUUGAGGCAGAGAUAAACAAAUCAGAGGAUGAAAUAUUGCAUUUCCUUAAAAUUAUCAAUUCGUGGAAAAGUCAUCAUAUCUAAUGGGUCAAAACAUUGGAAUCUUUAUGAGCAGACCCAGAAUUUUUCAUAAAACAUAUCGUUUCAUAUCAACAAUUAUUAUAUUAUCGGUGUAAACCGAUGACAUAAUAAAUCUAUUGAAUAAUUUCAUGAUGAAUUUUUUUUACUUUCACUUUCUGCAGCAACGGAAUGUCUUCCAAUCAUUCGAGAAGGCAGGUUACUGUUGAGAGUAGAAGUUAAAACGUGAUUGUGGGUUGGAAAUAUGGGUUUAUUUAACUCAGAUCAAUUUUUUACAAUAUUUUUCAUGAAAUUCAUAAGAUGGUAGGAAUAAUUUGGUGUCUAUGACUUUGGUGAAGGAGGCCUCAGGUCAAGUAUACUUAAUAAUUCGACAAAUAAAGUUUGACCUAUUCAUGAAUGUUUGACACAUAUAUUUAUCACAAAACAGUACCAUUUCUAGCUUCCUUUAACCUAAGUAUUCAUGUUUUUGAAGAUCAUAUUGAAAACUUUGUGAAAAAAAUAAUUUUUGUACCAUGUAAUAAUCCGAUGUCCGAUUCCGAAUAUCAAAAAUACCAUUUUGCAUAGGAACAUAUCGAUAUUGACAGUAACCUCAUCCUCUGCCUAAAACUAAUAAUAAUAAUUUGUAAAUACAUAUCGGCUCUAGAAGCUUGAAAAUUGACGAAUACAUCUCAAUAUUACUGUCAUGUGCUGUACAUACUUAUCUUAAGAGAAGUACAAUUUGUUUGCUACUAACUUAACUAGUAUACAGGGGUUAUUGAAAUAUGUAAUCGUAAUAUUCUGGACUCUUCCAUUUUCGAAAUCUAAAUGGGUACUCAAAAAUAAUCGUUAUGACCUAAACGUUUUUCAUGACUCUGUUUUUGAGAUGGCCUCUUUUUAUAUACUCAGAAACUCGAUUAUGGAUAUGAUAACCUCUGUUGGGCUAGAUGAAAGAAAUAUGUGAUAUUUUAUGUAGAAAAAAUUCAAUAAUAAGUAUGUUUAGCAAAUUGAUAGAGAAUGAUAUCAUUAAAUGUAUCAUGAAUUA